UGCAGGUGCUCUGUCUCAGCGAGAGAGGAUGCGAAGGAGAGCAGGGGAGGGAUAAAGCGAAGGGCGCCGGUGAAAAAGUGUGCAGGGCAUGAUUUAAAGGAUAUCAACCGCAACAGAUUGCGCGUUUAUCGACCCGGGGACUCAGUAAUGAAAGGUUUAUUGAAAGGGGCACUUUGAGAUAUGAUGAGGUUUCUUUCUGGUUGGCAAUAGUACUAUGAUUUGGUAUGUGGCCACUUUGAUAGCAAGUGUAUUCAGCACCCGAGGAACGGCAGCUCAAGGUGCCCACGGCGUGCGAGAGGAGCCCCAGUUUGUGACGGUGCGCGCUGGAGAGAAUGUCAUCCUGGGAUGCGAUGUGGCCUACCCGCUGAAUGGCCAGCCCUACGUGGUGGAGUGGUUCAAGUUCGGAGUGCCCAUCCCCUUCUUCAUUAACUUCCGCUUCUACCCGCCUCAUGUGGGCCCGGAGUAUGCCGGCAGAGCCAGUCUGCAUGGCAAAUCUUCUCUGCGGAUUGAGAAGGUGCGUUCAGACGACCAGGGCUGGUAUGAGUGUAAGGUCCUGAUGCUGGAGCAGCAGUACCACACCUUUCACAACGGCAGCUGGGUGCACCUCACAGUCAACGCUCCCCCCAAUUUCACAGACACGCCACCGCAGUAUGUUGAGGCCAAGGAAGGCGGCAGCAUCACCCUGAGCUGUGUGGCGUCCGGCAACCCCAAACCUUCCGUCAGCUGGAUCCGGGAGGGCAAGCCUGUGGAGGACAGCGACAAGUACAAGGUGUCUGAUGGGAGUCUGACGGUGCUGUCGGUCAGCCGCAAGGACAGAGGGGCGUACACCUGCCGAGCCUACAGCAUCCAGGGGGAGGUGGUUCACACCACACGCCUGCUUGUCCAAGGGCCACCGUUCAUUGUGUCCCCUCCCCAGAACCUGACGGUGAACAUAUCCCAAGACGCCAAGCUGGACUGCCUAGCUGAGGCCUACCCCGGCAACCUCACAUACACCUGGUUCUGGGAGGAUGACAACGUCUUCUUCAAGAAUGGCCUGAGGGACAGAGUCAGUAUUCUGGUGGACGGCUCGCUCAUCAUCGGCGGCGUGAAGCCUGAAGAUGCUGGGAGAUUCACCUGCAGCCCCAGCAACAGCCUGGGCCAGCCCCCGUCCGCCUGGGCCCAGCUCACAGUGCAAUACCCUGCCCGUGUCAAAGACAUGCCACCUGCCAUCUACGUGGCCAUUGGCCUGCCAGGCUUCAUCCGUUGCCCUGUAGACGCCAACCCGCCUGUCAUGCUGGUCAAGUGGACAAAAGAUGGCAACCCCCUCCGGAUAGAGAAGUACCCUGGUUGGAGCCAAAUGGAGGACGGGAGCAUCCACGUGGCCGAGGUGACGGAGGACUCUCUGGGCACCUACACCUGCAUGCCUUACAAUGCCCUGGGCUCCGAGGGAUGGUCCGCUCCCACUCCUCUGGUGCUAAAGGAUCCCCCUAAGUUCUCAAUUGUUCCCGGAGGGGAAUACAGGCAGGAGGCUGGGAGAGAGCUGGUCAUCCCCUGUGCAGCCGAGAGAGAAUUUCCCUAUCCCAAUAUCACAUGGCGGAAGGUAGGGAAGCCCAGUAAAAGCAAGCACAACGUCCUUCCCACCGGCAGCUUACAGUUCAAGUCCCUGGGCAAGGAAGACCACGGGGAGUGGGAGUGUGUCGCCACCAACGUUGCCACGAGCAUCACUGCCAGCACACACCUCCAAGUUUUUGGCACAAGCCCCCACGCCCCAGCCAACGUCCACGCAGCGGUCUCCACCACCUGGGUCAACAUGUCGUGGGAGGCAGGCUACGACGGUGGCUUCGAGCAGACAUUCUCAGUCUGGUAUGGCCAUGUGGUGAAGAGGGAACAGCUGGGCCCACACGACUGGUUGUCUAUGCCCGUGCCCGCUGGCCAGACGUGGCUGGUAGUGCCCGGCCUGGAGCCCCAGACGGCCUACCAGUUCAGUGUCCUUGCGCAGAACAAGUUGGGCACGGGCCCCUUCAGCGAGGUCGUCACUGUGAACACACUGGUAUUUCCUAUAAGUACCCCUGAACCAUUGGUGCUGCUUACCCCACCGCGGUGCCUCACAGCCAAUCGGACGCAGCAGGGUGUCCUGCUCAUGUGGAUUCCGCCGGCCAACCACACUGCUCCGAUCGAGCGCUACGUCAUGGAGUUCCGCCUGGGGGAGAGGUGGGACAUCCUUGAUGACGCCAUCCCUGCCGGAGAGACCGAGCUGCUAGCCAGAGACCUCAUUCAGGAGGCAUGGUAUGAGUUCCGGGUCAUGGCGGUCAUGGAGGAGCUGGUCAGCGAGCCCAGUAACACAGUUGGAGUAUCCAGUACAGACUUCUUCCCUCCCCCGGAGAUGGUAGAUGAGGGUGGACUGACGCGGCCGGUGGUGGCUGGCAUCGUGGCCACGGUCUGUUUUCUGGCGGCCGCCGUCCUCUUCAGCACACUGGCAGCCUGCUUCGUCAACAAACAGCGCCGACGCAAGCUCAAGAGGAGGAGAGACCCCCCUCUCUCGAUAACACACUGCAGAAAAAGCAUGGAAACUCCGUCCUCCUCUGGUAAGUUGAGUCCGGAGAGUAUGCUUUCCAUGGAACCACCAUCGGAGGGUUCAGAGGAUGGCCAUGGCAUGAGCAUGAAGAAAAUCCCUCAGAGUCCUGCGAAGAAGGAAGAACUCUCCCUGUACAAGAAAACCAAGCGAGCAAUAACAAGCAAAAAGUACAGUGUCUCCAAGUACGAAGCGGAGGCAACCACACCCAUCGAGCUGAUCAGCCGAGGCCCCGACGGACGCUUCGUCAUGGACCCCAGCGACAUGGAGAUGAUGUCCAUCAAGCCCAGGCGAAUCGAGGGCUUCCCCUUUGUCGAAGAGUCGGACCUAUAUCCCGAAUUCCGCCAGUCGGACGAGGAGAACGACGAUCCCGGGCCCAUGCCCCCUGUCAUGGCAACCCUUCGACCUCACCAGAUCUCCCCAAUCUCCAGCCAGGAGUCUUACCUGCAACCACCGGCCUACAGCCCCCGCUUCCAGAGGCCCAUGGAAGGUAUGACCAUCAUGGAGAGCAGUCGGCUCCAGGCCACAGGGCAGAUCCGAGGCUCCCUGCACCACAGAGCCUUCUCCCAUGGCCACGGUCACUUCUACGGUUACCUUAGCAGCCCUGGGGAACCCGAGCCUCCACCCCCUUUCUACAUGCCUGACACCAGCCCUCUGAGCUCUGUCAUGUCAUCCCCCCCUUACCACCCUGAAGGGCCCUUUGGUCACCCCUGCAUCCCUGAGGAGAUGGGGGAAGGAGAUAUUCUACACUAUGGCGUCUCAAGCUUCCCUCUUCCCCUGACGCUCACCUCUUCCUCUCGCUCCCCGGAGAUCUGGCACAGACCCGAUUUCCCCUUUGCGAGUCUGGAAGGGCCCCACUUCAUUUUUCCACCCCACCACCCUUUGCAUCUCCACCGGGAACCCUUCUUUCCUCCUCCCCAUGUUCUUCCCCCUGUUGCUUUCCAGCCCUCCUCCCUCCAGGUGCCCUCAUACCCCAGUGUCCUGCAGCUUGAGGCCCCAAAGAGCCGUCCAGGCAAGUCUCCCAGCACGGUCAAGUCUCGGGGCCUUCCAGCCAAGCGUUUAGCUAUGCAAGAGGCGCAGAGUCUAGGGCAGCUAAGACACACAAGCCACGGUAUGGGUGUGCCAGUUUUGCCUUACCUCGACCCAGCAGCCCACAUGGGUGGCCCUAGCACAUUCAGUAGCUUGGACACCCGGUGGUUCGAGCCCACCCCCCGGCUCAGCCCCAGGCAGGCUCGUAGGAUGGAGCCUAGCAUCAUGGUUCUCCAACCUUCCCGCCUCUCGCCCCUCACCCAGAAUCCCCUUAGUUCCCACGAGGGCUCCCCAGAGAUUGUAGUGCGACCCCGUCCCCGUCCCAGCAUCGUCCAGCCCUCCAUACCUCCAGAGAUGUCUGAGAUUACCCUGCUUCCCCCCUCUUCAGCCAGCUUCUCCUGGAGGUCCUCUCCCUCAUCCUCUCCCGCCCAUGGCCAGGGUAGCAGAAGGGCAAGUCCCAGCUACCGCUCCCACAUGGCCUUUGCCACCUCCGCCACAAGCUACCCGUCCCAGUCCCCAUCACCCCCCGUGGAAAGCAGCAACAUGUUUGGGCAGAUGCCAUCCCAGAGGAGAACUGAGGAGGAGGUCCUUCCGUGUGAGCCCUCUCCACCCCAGUUGUCAGCUUCAGGAAGUCGUCGAGGUGCGCCGAGUGCCCCUGCGGGGUCUGAGAGGUUUGAUGCACUGAGAUACCAACGUAUUAAAAAGGCCAAGAAGAUGAUGGUGGUCAACAACAACAACUCCAAGUCCAGAAGAAAAACAGGUGUCUCCACCUCUCAGACCCAGCAGGACUACACCUCUCAGGUACUCCAGCCCGAAGAAGUUCUCUACCUCCGCAAGAAGAAGAAACGGCCCAUCAGACAGGACCCGUAUGCCCGCUUCUCCGCUCUGCUGUUCCGCCGCCCGCCCCGGGAGGACCAGAAGGCCAUUUUGGCCAGCAUGGACAACAUGGACCCAGACCAUGUCACUUUCCUCUGAGCCUGUGGUGGAGUCAGGUUACACUCUUCCCCAAAAUGCCACAAAACCCCACCUGGAAAAUGACCCCUCAUUCUAAAAUGUUGCUCAUUUCCCAGCAUCAAUCAAUGGUUUAAUUUUUUUUUUUAAGAAUUUGAAAUUAAAACGGUGGCUAUCCAAUGUCUUCAAAAGUUUUACUCCAGUGCAAAACAUUUAAUUUGAGGAAAGCAAUACUGUGUGCUUCAACAUUUAUUAUUUUCAAACACAUUUUCUAACCAUUUAGAAAAGGAUGCAUGUGUCUGAGGUUUUCAUUUUCUAUCUCAUCUUUAUACUACAGUAUUACUUUGUUGUUUGCAGAAGAGGCUUAGCUCAUGGCCCCAGUGUCAAAACAGCCCAUGAAGCCUAGUUAGGUCUCAGUUUACAGCACCUUGCUCACCCUAAUCUCCUCACCUGCCUCACUCUGCCAGCCCUCUAUCACUUCCCAGAGACUCAUCCCAUCCACACAAGGUUCUCACUUACGUCCUACAAAAUAUACCUCAGAGCACAGGACAUGGCAUCGCAAUGACAAGGCUCAGCUAGCUGAACACAACUGUACUGGCAUAUGUUUUUAUUAUUCUUAUGACUUAUUUAAGCAUUUUUUUGUUCCAAUUUGAAUAAUUCUGAAUGUAAAAAUCCAACUGGUCACAAUAUAUAUACCAUAAUAUGGUUGGGUUGAUGUAGGUCUACUUACAGUUGUAGAAUGAUAUCAUGCUAAUCAAAAAUCUGUCUCUGGUCUUUUGACACACCAUAAAUGAGGUGUUCAUAAUGGCUAUGAGGGAAAUGGAGCAUGUUAUGCUUUACAUACAGUAUAUGAUAUAUUGUGGACAAACAGUUUCCGCCAUCAAUCAUUCUCUUGGAAUCAUUUAGAAGUUGAUUUGUACAUUUUAGUUAUUCUGUAUAAACAUCAAUUCCAUUUCAUUAUUACUUAACCCCAUAAAGGAAUGGUCAGUAAUUCCGCUUGUGAGGAAGAUCUGUCGUAAAACUAAGCACAUAGGCUCAUAGAUCUAUUCUGAAUAGGGCGAGGGGAAGGGAUUAAGUUGGGAUUAGGCUCCAUUUAAACAGAAGUGUACUGUACUGUAUGCCACUCAAGGCAUGCAACCACACACAUGCAACCUCACACAUUCUAUACAACACAUGCUACUGCCCUAGUUACUAUUCAGGUUGGACUUUGGGUGUGUCUCAUUGUCUGGGAAAGGAUUUUGCACUGGAGAAAAAUCUUGGCUUUUACUACUCUUUAUUUGAUGCCAUCUUCACUUAUACUAGCACACUUACUGUAGCCUUGUGUAGUAGUUCUGAGGGCUCCAUCUCCUAUUUAAAAAGUACUAUAGUAAUGCCAAAAAUACUACAACUUCCUUAAUCAAUAAAAACAACGUGUACUGUACUGAGAGGAGGAUAGGAUUUUGUGCCAUAGUAUACUAUAGUAUUUUUUUCAUUCAUAUGGGAGGGCCUGAUUCAAUGAACGAAAGGCUUAUGAUGGCCUUUGUAGGGCAUCUUCUGGUUGCCUGCUUCGGUUUAGUUUUUUUUUCAUUAUUUUUUCUAUUUGUUUAUGAAAGUAACUGCCUUUGUUGGCCAUUUCCUGUAUUUGUAGCCUUGGCAUUUUUUCUCUUCGUGUGCUUGUAUUAAUGUUGUCUAUUCCCCUAUAGAAAGAUCAAUGGAGGGGCUUCUUGUGGCAUAACAGGGCUACGCAGAGCUGUUCAAGUUUUUAUUUUCUAAAAUGUGUUUUUCUGUCAUUGAAGGGUGCUUCUUUUUUAUAAAUCGACAUGUUUCAUUAUCAUGUAGAUAUAGACAUAUCUGGCCUCAUUAAAGCUGAACCAUGUGUGUCAUGACAAUGGGGGGGGGUGAUCUGGUGAUGGUCAGAGAAGGAGAGGGGUGUUAGGAAUGGUUUCACCCAUACAUGUAGGAACACAGGUGCUGCUGUGCACCUGAGACCUAUUGUUCAUAUGUUUUGGUUCAACCGUUUGGUUCACUGUUGGUUUGAAAUGUCUCUGAAUUAUGGAAAGCUAGCACUUAGAUUCGGGUAUAUUAACAAAUCUCCAGCAAGCCGAUACUUUCCAGCAAAGUCUCUCAUUGGGUAUCUUAUUGAUACUGUACAAUAAAGGCACUUUAGAGUUGCAACUUCAGGUGCUAACAAGAUCAUUGAAUCUGAAAGUGGUAUUGCUACUUUCAGAGAGAUGAGCAAUUUCAGAGGAAUGACAGCUAUACCACCAAUCUGAAAUGAUACUGUAAUUGAUCAUACUUGAUGUUUUAAGGUUGGUGCAGUAUAACCAUUAAACAACAUGCUCUGUA